AUGGCCGAUAACAAGCUUCACCCGGCUGUCACGGUUAACAACAUUCGCACCUCGGUUCCUAUCACUCUCGAUAAUGAUGCCGCUGACUACAAUACAUGGUUGGAACUCUUCCGAAUCCAUUGUACGGCGUUUCUCGUAGCCGACCAUCUCAAGCCACGUGACCCACCCGUCGCCGCUUCUUUGUCUGAUAAGGAAAAACAAUCGGCUCCUCCUGCCGUCGGCUCUUGGGAACGUCUUGACGCUAUGGUUCUCCAAUGGAUAUACGGUACAAUAUCUCCUGGUCUUCUGAAAACUGUGAUAAAAAAGAGCACUACUGCGUAUGAUGCAUGGAAGGCUAUUGAAAAUAUUUUUCAAGACAAUAAAGCCACCCGUGCCCUUUAUCUCAAACAGAAGUUUGCCACCACCCGCCUUGAAAACUUCUCUUCCAUGCACGAAUAUUGCCAAGAAAUCAAGGUCUUGGCUGAUCAGUUGAACAAUGUCGAUGCCGCGGUUGACGAACAAGACCUUGUGCUACAAACCAUUGCCGGAUUAACCGAACAAUAUGAAACAGUUGGCACCAUACUCCAAAACACUAAGCCCCUGCCAUCCUUCUUCGAGGUUCGGUCUCAGUUGUGCAUGAAUGAAACCACGAAGGCUAAUCAAGCCAUUCACUCGGCUCAUCAAGCCGCCACCGCACUUCACACCCAAGGCCAAACCCGCUCGUCUCCAAUUACAUCUCACACCACCGCCGGCCAGCCCCCUUCCGACGUGACUCGCGGCCGUGGUCGUUCCCGGGGAUGUGGUAGAGGACGCUCCUCACCCUCCCAGUCAAACCGCUCCAGGGGACAGCCUACUCCCUCGGCCCAAAACAACACCCAUACAUUGUCUUUCCAAAUACUUGGGCCGCUUCUCAAUGGGCCUCCCUCCUAA